AUUUGAGUCUACAUACUCUACAAAUGCAGUGCCUAUUUCUCGAACGAGGUUUUUCAUACGAAAAACACCUUCAGGUGACGUCAGUCUAAAGUACAUUGCAAAAUACAUUUUGUGUAAACAAAUGUGAUCUGUACGCUUAUCGGUAAUCCCAGAAUGUUUUAUCUGAUAGCGUAGGUAGUAUAAUGAUUAACGACGAUUUUUGGGUUAGUAGAGUAGGUAGGUAUACUCAAUCGACAGCCGCGGAAUUAUGGAUGUGAAACGGUCCAAAUGGGAAAACUUGGAAAAAUUUUCACUACUGAUGUGGAAAAAUGUUUUAUUGCAAUGGAGACAUCCAGUGCAGACCCUUGUGGAAAUUGCGGCGCCAGUUUUAUUUACGUUAAUUUUAGUAAUUGCUCGAUCACUGGUCAGUCCAGAAGAACAUCCCGCUUCAUUCUAUAGUCCUUUUCGGACACAAACGUGGAACCCGUCUGAAAGAAGAAAUACUAUCGUGUGGUCCCCGCUUAAUCCGUAUUUAACCAAAAUUAUGGAUGAAACGAUAACUGGGCUCAAUGAUGUGAGCAAGCACGGAUCAUUUAAGCACACUGGUUUUAAUCAUUCGGACAAAUUAAAUGAGGAAUUAUUUAACCAGCUCAGCUUGUCUUUGUUUGCUGCAGUGAUUUUUGACGACAGUUUUUCCGGGGAUGUGAAACUGGAGCGGAAUCUUUCCGCUAUUUUCAGAUUUCCAGGGGAAGUGCAUGGCUCCACGACUUGGAAAACUGGAGAGAUAUUUCCAAGGUACUACCUUCCUGGCGUCAGAGAAUUGCAAUACGCUGAUGGUGGACCACCAAGUUACGCCAAUGAAGGAUUCUUAAUGCUCCAAGAACACUUGUCUUGGUCGAUUAUAAAUCAUCACAAAAAAACUGCGUUUGGUAAAUCUAUCAAUCGUUCAGAAACUCCAAUCUUUAUGCAACGAUUUCCGUAUCCAAAAUAUAUAAGCGAUAUACUGCUAUCGUCGCUCGAAUCUUUCAUUGGAAUUGUUUUUAUGGCUAGCUUUGUGUAUCCGUGCAUAAACACCGUUAGGGUAAUCGCAACUGAAAAAGAAAAACAGCUUAAGGAAGCGAUGAAAAUUAUGGGAUUGCCAAAUUGGUUGCACUGGACUGCCUGGUUUUGUAAAUCAUUCGUCAUGAUGCUUGUUUCAUUAAUACUAAUGGUGAUUUUACUGAAAUUUCCCUGGUACCCUGGCACUGAACACACAGUAUUUACGCACUCAAACCCAAUUAUACUGUUUAUCUUUUUGGUGUUGUUCUCGUGCUCAUUGAUAACGUUUAAUUUUGCAGUGAGUACACUGUUUUCGAAAGCGAGCACGGCGUCAACUUUCGCCGGUAUUGCCUGGUUUUUGUUAUAUGUACCAUCUAUGGCCAUUCAAUUCAAAUACGACCACGUCUCACUGACGGAAAAACUUCUCGCCACACUGUGUUCCAAUUCUGCUUUAGCAUUGGGCAUGAAACUGAUAGUGAAAAUGGAAAGUAUUGAUGAAGGUUUACAGUGGCAUAACUUGUGGAGCCAAGUUCAGGGUGAUGAUCUUCUUUUCGGAUACGUUUUAAUUAUGUUAGCAGUUGAUGCGGUGAUAUACCUACUGAUAGCUCUUUACGUGGAAGCCGUUUUUCCAGGGGACUACGGCAUUAAGCAACCGUGGUACUUUCUCUUUCUUCCUUCGUAUUGGUGUGGUACCACAAUUAGCGAAGGUAAUGAAAACGGUGUACAUCAAAUUGUGAAUGAGAACUGCGAAAGUGAACCAACGUACCUUCACCCCGGUAUCAAAAUUAAGGCUAUUGGAAAAAUAUAUUCGAACAAUAGAGUGGCAGUAAACGACUUUUCUCUUAAUAUGUACAGGGAUCAAAUCACCGUUCUGUUGGGUCAUAACGGUGCAGGUAAAACUACGCUUCUGUCAAUGUUGACCGGGAUGAUACCCCCUACGAGUGGAACUGCAACAGUCGGGGGUUUUGAUAUUAGAACGAAUAUGAAGGCGGUUCGAAAUAGUCUUGGGAUAUGUCCACAGCACAACAUACUCUUUGACGAUUUAACAGUUGAGGAGCAUCUCUAUUUCUAUAGUAGAUUAAAGGGGGUGAAACGAAGCGAAGUUAAUGAAGAAAUUGAAAAAUAUGUUAGCCUGCUGGAACUAUGUGACAAGGCCAAGGCGACUUCAAAGCAAUUGUCAGGUGGCAUGAAAAGGAAAUUGUCGGUUGGUGUGGCACUAUGUGGCAAUUCACAAGUGGUUAUGUGUGAUGAACCGUCGGCCGGUAUGGAUCCGUCGGCACGAAGAGCUUUGUGGGAUUUGUUGUUGAAGCAAAAGAAAGAUAGAACCAUUGUACUAACUACACAUUUCAUGGACGAGGCCGACUUGCUUGGAGAUCGUAUCGCAAUAAUGGCCGGUGGUAAAUUGGAGUGUAGCGGUUCCAGUUUCUUCCUAAAGAAACGAUACUGCGCCGGUUAUCAACUAGUAUUAGACAAAUCACCGGACUGUCACAUUGAAUCUGUAACAGACCUGCUGAGACGGCAUAUACCCGAUAUAACUGUCAGAAGCAAUAUUGGUUCUGAAUUGAGUUACGUGUUGGACGACGCAUACAACAGCGUAUUCGAACGGAUGUUAAGUGAACUAGAACAAGAAUCUCAUAGUUUAGGUGUGCUUAGUUAUGGCGUGUCCUUGACAACUUUGGAAGAGGUGUUUAUGAAAGUUGGGGCUGAUCAUGGACAACAACAGCAAAUUGAAGAAACUGAACGCUACGGUGCUUUGAAUGCGAGUUACUGCUUAGGUGAAAUCGAUGAUGGCAAGUUGCUAACAGGAUUGAGAUUGUGGUUGAACCAAAUAAACGGGAUGUUUUACAAAAGAUGGUUAUCAAUUCUACGGUCAUGGUUGCUGUUUCUAAUUCAAAAUUUAAUUCCGGUAGUGUUCGUGGUGAUCACCGUGAUCAUUGUAAUGAAAAUACCAAGUACUGCUAACCAACCUAUGUUGGGAUACGAGUUAAAUGUCUACGACAACCCAAUCACUCCAAUCAGUACUCACUCUGCGAACCCCCACUCGCAGAGCUUUAUAAAUAUGCUUACCAGAGCCAAUCACAUAGUCAUUAACUGGAAGAACAUCACCAAUGACGAAUAUUCCAAAAUGAUGAUCGACGAAUCAAAAAAGGGCAUGGGGGACUAUAACACUCGUUACAUUACCGGUGCCUCGUUCGAAGCGGACAAGUCCAUUAUCGCUUGGUUUAGUAACCAACCUUAUCACGGGGCCCCAUUGGCGUUACAAAUGGUAAUGAACGCAGUUUUACAGUCAGAAGUGACACCCGAUUACGCUAUCGCGGUGUUUAAUUGGCCAUUGCCCGAGACUUUAAGCAAGCAGUUUUCCGGUUUACAAUCGCGAGUCAACAUUGGCUUUCAAAUAGCGUACAACCUCGGCUUUGCAAUGGCUUUCGUAAUGGCAUUUUACAUAAUAUUCUACAUUCGUGAACGAUCUACUAAGUUCAAGCACUUGCAAUUUGUGUCCGGUGCGAAUGUCGCAUCUUUUUGGAUUCCGUCCUUCGUAUGCGAUGUUCUAACGUUUAUUUUCACAUCAGUAUGUGUCAUUGUAGCGUUGGUCAUAUUUCAAAAGGAUGGCUUCAGCACAGCAGAGGACGUCUCCCGAUUGUUAGCCUUACUUCUCAGUUUUGGCUUUGGUAGCUUACCAAUUACCUACCUGGCGUCAUUCGUGUUCGACGUGCCCACAUCAGGUUACGCCGUGCUUAGCUUGUUCAACAUAAUUGCUGGUAGUGGAUUCUUUAUGAUAGUUGAAAUUCUCAAAAUCAAGGCGCUGGACUUAAUGAAUGUCGCAAAAAUCCUGCACCAGAUAUUUAUGGUGAUGCCUCACUACUGCCUCAGCUCGGGCUUGAGAGACAUGCACGUGGUCUAUGAUACGCUACAAUUAUGCCAAAGAGCGACGGAGAUGUGCACCAACAUUAUAGAAGGCAUGCCGUUUCUGCCUAAUGGUACAAUAGCCUCAACGUGUGACAUUGCGGUUUGUUUCCAGUUCCCAGAAUGCUGCGACAAACAGGGCUACUUUUCCUGGACAAGUCCAGGUAUCGGACAACAGGUCCUGUACUCGUGUUUGGUGGGAAUUUUGUGCUUUGCCAUUCUGUUUUCAAUCGAAUACGGCAUUUUCUCAACCAUUUGCAAUGCGUUUCCUCGUCGUUGUAAAAAAGAACACUCGUACACUCCGGCAAAUAUGAUCGAGGAUGCGGAUGUGUGCGAGGAAAAACGCGCGGUAACGCACAAUGUCAGUACAGGGAACAUCUGCAAUUACAACCUGGCCAUGCAUCAGCUUUCGAAAAAAUACAAGGAGAUGGUAGUUGUCGAUGGAAUAUCUUUGGGCAUACAUAGAUACGAAUGUUUCGGAUUGUUAGGAGUGAAUGGUGCUGGAAAGACGACGAUCUUUAAGAUGAUGACUGGUGACGUUAAGAUGACAUCGGGAGACGUAUGGGUUCACGGUUGGAGCAUUAGAACGCAUCCUAAGGAAGUUUACCAGUUAAUUGGCUACUGUCCACAAUUUGAUGCGUUACUUGACGAUCUUACUUGUCGAGAAACCCUUACAGUAUUCGGGCUCCUGCGCGGAGUUAGAAUAGGCCAAUGCAAGCAUCUUGCCAAACACUUAGCGAAAGAGUUUGAUUUUCACAAACAUUUAGACAAAAAGGUUAAGGAACUUAGUGGUGGUAAUAAAAGGAAACUAAGCACUGCAUUGGCCUUAGUCGGAAAUCCACUGGUAUUAUUUCUUGAUGAACCAACGGCCGGUGUUGAUCCCGCGACCAAGCGCCACCUUUGGAAUGUGCUGUGUAAAAUUAGAGAUGGAGGAAAGACGAUUGUGUUGACAUCGCACAGCAUGGAGGAAUGCGAAGCACUCUGCACGCGAAUGGCGAUUAUGGUGAACGGAACGAUUAAGUGCUUGGGUUCAACUCAACAUCUGAAAAGCAAAUUUUCCGACGGUUACACUUUAACACUAAAAGUUAAGCGAUUUGACAACGAGGAGUCGCAACAAGCGGCGAUUGACGAAAUAGAAAAUUUUAUCAAAGAUAGUUUUCGAGAAACCAUUUUAAGGGAAAGGCACCAGGAGCUGCUAACAUUUUAUAUUACCGAUAAAUCUCGUCCAUGGUCAAAAAUGUUCGGCAUUAUGGAACACGCAAGAACUGUUUUUGACAUCGAAGAUUAUGCGUUAGGACAAUGUACUUUAGAGCAGGUAUUCCUCACAUUCGCAAGACAGCAAAGAGAAAAAUAGUGUAAUUCAUUUGUUGGUUUUAUAAGUAUAGUGUACCUAUAGUUUUAUUUAUAUCCGCAGCUUAUGUGGCCAUCUCCAAUGUGCGUAACCAGAAAAAAAUAUUGUGUCGAUUUGACUUUAAUGUA